AUGGGCUCAUACUGGAGUGCUCGUGAGAGUGAUGAAUGCCCCUGCUGUUCAUUCUUUGUGAAAAUCAUAAGAAUGAAAAAUCUGAGAAAGGCAGAUCUGCUUAGCCAAACCGAUUGCUACAUAAGCCUGUCCUUGCCCACUGCUUCCCCGGAGACUGUCCGGACCAAAACCAUUAAGAACUGCAAAGAUCCAGUGUGGAAUGAGACCUUUUGCUUCAGGAUUCAGAGCCAAGUAAAGAAUAUUCUUGAGAUGAAAGUCCAUGAUGAAAAUGCAGUCACUAAAGAUGACCUCCUCUUCACUGUUCUCUUUGAUGUUGCUAAAAUCCAGCUUGGAGAAACAGUUCACUUGACAUUUCAGCUAAAUCCCAAGACACAGGAGAUGCUAGAGGUUGAGUUAACAUCGGAGAGCAUUCCAGUCCCUCCUGAAAGGCUUGUGACUAAUGGUGUAUUAGUGUCUCGUGAAAUUUCCUGCUUGGAAGUCCUAGUGGACACCAAAUGGACAAAAAAAGAACCUUCAGAAAAAGACUUCUUGUUUUCAGUGAAGGGAUCAUAUGAGAAGAGCCAGACCCUGUCGCUGGGCUCUUUCUGGCAACCUCUGAAGCCCCUGAACUUCCAUUACAUCAAGUACAGGCUGUCAGAGCUGUGCAUGGCUCUAGCAGAGAAGAAACCUCAUUUCUGCUCGCGUACUUCAGGUGAAGACAAAAAAGACUACCAUGCAUCCCUCACUAUUCCUCUGGAUUCACUUCCAUUCAGUGAGAAAGUGGCAGUAGCAAAGGAUGAGACAAUCAAUUUACAUGUGAAGUCAAAUGACUGGUCCAGAAACUUAGAUGUUCGCUUGGAGUUCGAUCUAUGUACAGAGGAGAAAAAUUUCCUACUGAAAAGGAAGAAGUUUGUGGCUUCUGCUCUGAAAAAAGCACUACAUUUAGAACAAGACCUAGAAGAUCAUGAGGUACCAGUUGUAGCAGUGAUGACAACAGGAGGUGGCACCCGGGCACUGACAUCUCUGUUAGGCAACCUGUUGGGUCUUCAAAAGCUGGGUCUCUUGGAUGCUAUUUCAUUCAUCACUGGGUCAUCUGGUUCAACAUGGACUUUGUCACAUUUGUAUCAGAAUGCUGACUGGUCACAUGAGGAUCUAUCAAGACCAAUUGGUGAAGUCCGCAGACACAUGACCAAGUGCAAGCUAAGCUGCUUUUCCCUGGAGAGCUUGCAAUACUAUGCAAAGGAGCUAAAACUGCGGAAGCAAGAGGGAUACCAGAUCUCUAGUGUUGAUUUUUGGGGACUUCUGCUGGAAAAAGCAUUAGAUGAUGGGAAAAAUAACCACAAACUCUCAGAUGAGCAAGAGGCAUUGAGUCAGGGUCAAAAUCCCCUACCUAUCUACAUGAUCCUCAACAUGAAAGAAGAUUACAGUCUUUCAGAGUUCAAAGAAUGGGUGGAGUUCACCCCUUAUGAGGUUGGGUUCUUAAAAUAUGGUGCCUUCAUUCGUGCUGAGGAUUUUGGCAGUGAGUUCUUCAUGGGUCGCCUGAUGAAGAAGCUUCCUGAGUCCCGAAUCUGCUUCAUGAAAGGCCUAUGGAGCAAUGUCUUUUCAUACAACCUCUUGGAUGCCUGGCAUUCGUCAAAUCCUACACAGAGGCGCUCACUGAGGUGUACCCAACACAGCACUGUUGAUAUUGGAGAAGAGCCUUCUCCCUCAGACAGCAGACAUGAGUUGGAGACUUACUUGGUCACCCCUGAAUGUGGCAUCAUGGGCAUCAUUCGGCGGAUCCUGACAGAGCGGGUGAUGGUUUCAAAGUUCUACAACUUCCUGAAGGGAUUCCAGUUGCACAAUGAAUACCUUCAGAACAAAAACUUCUGUAGAUGGAAAGAUACUGUACUAGAGCAUUUCCCCAACCAGCUGACAGAAGCAGCAGAGUUCAUGUGCCUGGCAGACACGGCGGGAUACAUCGACAUUAGCUACCCACCACUCAUGAGGCCAGAGAGGAAAGUGGAUGUUGUCCUGCACUUAAACUAUUCUUCUGGAUCACAGACCUUGCCUUUGGAAGAAGCCUCCAAAUAUUUUCAAAAGCAGGGAAUCCCAUUUCCCAAAAUCCAAAUGAGUGAAGAAGAGAAGAAAAAUCUAAAGGAGUGCUACAUCUUUGAAGAUGCAGAGACCCCAGAGGCACCGACUGUGGUGUUUUUCCCGCUGGUGAAUGACUCCUUCAGAAAAUACAAAGAGCCUGGUGUGGAGCGCAGCCCUGCUGAGAUGGCUCAGGGCAACGUGGAUGUUUCCACCAUUUUUUCCCCCUACUGCUUAAACAGCUUUACCUACACAGGAGAGGAGUUUGACAAGCUGAUAGAACUGACCAGCUACAACAUUCAGAACAACCAACAUCUGAUCCUUCAGGCUUUGAAUUCAGCCAUACAGCAGAAACGACAGCACAAAAAAUAA